CCUUCAACAACCCGAAUCAGAGACCAUCAUGUCCACCAUAGCCGAGCUAUGUCCCGUCUACGCCCCUUUCUUCGGUGCCAUGGGCUGUGCCAGCGCCAUAAUCUUCACUUGUAUCGGUGCAGCAUAUGGUACUGCUAAAUCAGGUGUUGGGAUUUCAGCAAUGGCCGUUUUACGUCCUGACCAAAUGAUGAAAUGUGUCGUUCCAGUCGUCAUGGCUGGUAUCAUUGGUAUUUACGGAUUAGUAGUAUCUGUAUUGAUAUCUGGAGAUCUCACAUCCCCGAUGCCUUUAUACACCGGUUUCAUUCAACUCGGAGCAGGAUUAUCAGUCGGGUUAGCCGGUUUAGCAGCUGGUUUCGCAAUUGGUAUCGUUGGUGAUGCCGGUGUGAGAGGUACAGCUCAACAACCAAGGUUGUUCGUUGGUAUGAUUUUGAUCCUCAUUUUCGCAGAAGUCUUGGGAUUGUAUGGCCUCAUUGUGGCUUUGAUUCUCAACACCAACUCGAGUGUCGAUUACACCUGCACCAUUUCACAGUAGGAGACACGACAUUGGAAAGAUGGUUCACAAAACAGUUCUUCACAUGUACCACGGCACUCGGUAUGCAGGUGUGGUCGAGGAUAGAUACUGGAAUAGUGCACGGCGCUAAUGCAUGUGGUGUAGCCUCUCUC